AUGCGCUUCGACUGGAAGAAUUGGUGCUUCCGAAGGAGAAGAUGCAAAUUGCGUACCCGGACAGUCCGCAAGUGGGCCUUCUUCGUGUUCGGCCUGGCCGUCGGCUCGAAGUUCGUCAGUCUGCUCGGCUACCGUCACCAACAUCAUCCCGUUGAGCCUGAACUUGGUAAGUAUCAAAAAUGGAAGACCAUUUUUAAAUUUUUCUUCUGUGAAACUAAAGCUUAUACUAAUACUAUCUCCCUAGGGUUGAAACUUAUCUUUAAACCUAAAAUUCAACAUUUUUUAAGCCAACCCUUUCUCUCUGGCUUAUUAAAGGCAUAGGGGCAGUAAAAAAUGGGGUUUCAGGUGAAAGCAGUAUUUUAUAUAGUUUUUCUUUGCGAAUCCAACGGUGUACUCAAAAAAUUACAGAUGUGACAACUCUAGAAGAAAAACGCGAUUUCACUUUCCCGCCUUUAAUUUUGAAAAAAGCUUUGGAUCGGUAUGCAGACAACUGUUUACAGUAGCCGUGCACGCGAUGUUGCGGACGUCUCAUUAGACUCGCAUUUUGUAUGAAAUAACCGGCUAUCUGCUUCAAAUUAAGGGUUUCUUCUCUGAAAAAUUGAUUAAGAAAACCGAAAACACACAGUGAUAAUAAAAAAAACACAAAUAAUCGCUAUCCCAAUCGAAACCUGUGUAAAAUCAUCAUUUUUCACCAGAAAAGCUUUUUUGCGAACAAAGUUUGCAAAUUAUACGUGAAUCGAAGGCUUUGGUGACGAAAAAAACUCUGGUGACAACAGAAAAAAUUGAAAAUUAAAAGAAACGAAGAAAAAAGCGAAAAUCCGGAAGAUGGCGAACCCUGUUGUCCAUAGAGCAACUUUACUGCAAGGCGCCCUUUUCGCGGGAACUCAAACUUUCCUCUCUCCGACUUUGAACUAUUUUUUCUCCAAAACUAGGAAUUUCUGUACGUUUCCAAGUUCACCGUUCGAUUUGCAAUGAAAAGCUCUACAAAAUACUGCUUUGAACUGAAACACCGUUUUUUACUGCCCCUAUGCCUUUAAGAUCUUCAUUUGCCCGUUUAUGGCACGAAUUUCGGGACGAUUUGAAGUUUUUUGAAAUUUAAAAAGUCCAUAUGGAGACUGAGAAGCUGCCCUACAGGGAAUGUCAUUUUGCUUUGCGGUUUCUGAAAAUUAGCCAGUACACUUGUUGAAUCACCAAAUGAAAAUAUUGGAUGCCUAAACCUGUUAAACUUCCUUUUUUGGAGAAAAAAAGGCCUUGAAAUCGAAAAAAACUCUCUAAAUCUGUUAAAAUAGACUGAUCUCAUUAUUUGAACCCUUAUUUCUCAAGAACCAGGCGAAACUUCUCAGGUUGAUUAAACCUUGAAAAUUGAUAAAUUUGAACAAAAAGAUGAUAUAAUUCGGAAGGAAACUCAAAAACGAGAGAACAACAGUGGCCUGAGAGACGUUAGAGAAGUAGGGACACUAACGUUUUCUGGCGUCUCUUCAGACCACAGUUGAUCUCUCCCUUUUGCUAUUUUUUUUUAAAUUUUUGAUUGUACCGCAGUGAUAAGAGACCAGUAUGGCUUGAGAAACAUGUUUAUCACUCUGAAAUUUGUCCCAAAAAACCUUGUUAAAGAGAGAAACAGAAGAGAGAUCAACAGCGGCCUGAAGAGACUCCAGAAAAACGGAUUUUCUCUUUUUCUCUCGAAUAUCUUCGAGCUUUUUCUCGUAGUUAAACUAGGUAUAAUCUUGUAUGAAAAGAGCAAAAAAAGAGAUCAAAAGCGGCCUCUAGACUCUGAAGAGACGCCAGAGAACGAGUUUUCCCAUCGUUUCUCUGGCGUCUCUCCGGCCGCAGUUGAUCUCUCAGUCUCGCUCAUUUUUUGAAGGUUUUUGAAUUAUAACGAGUAAACAGAAAUUAAAAGUCUUCUUCAUUUGUGUCCGAUGAUUUAAUUAUCUAAUGAUGUGAAGAAGCCUUGAAAUCGAUUUUUUGGAAAGCCAUUAAAAUAACAGAACUUUCCUGCUUCGGGCACUGAAUUUAUCUGAAUAUGAUAAUUUAAACUUUGCUGUAAAGUAUUGACACAUCUCAUCCUCUUCUCCAACUUAUCUCACCGUUACAGUAAUCCCUUCAACGACCGAUUCCUCAAAAUGCCCUUUAUCGCCCCGACUUCUCUGCUUUGGUCAUGACAUCCACAGUCAACUUCGAAAAAGUCAAAGCCGUACAGGUUUUAUUUCUUGUUGAAACUACAGUAACCCUACAGUAUUCUCCAGGAAACAUGGGGGAAACGGUGCGACAAGCUACUUUUCGGCAGUUCGGUCCAAAAGAAAGGCAUUCCGACGCUUCUGAUAAAAGCCUCGCCGAGUUUGACAUCCGAAUAUGCGGAAAAUUUGUGGUUGAAGACGAGAAAUGGAUUAUUUAAGCUACAUGACGGGUAUUUGGUUCGUUUUUCUCGAAAAUGUGAUCAUUUUGAGGCAUAGUCAUUCGCAACGGCUUUUGAGUUUUUUUUAGAGGUUCGAAAUUGCAAAAUAUGAAGAACUUUUGGUUGAUAUUUGUUCGAAAAAGGAAAAAUGUCUUUUUGCCACUUUACUAUUUCGAGUAAAAUACAAAAUUUUUCAGAACUUCAAUGACUUGAUUAGAGCUAAAACAGGUGUUCAAAAUAUUUCAAAACCCUCAAUUUCACUAAUUUUUCCCACAACAUAUGGUUCAAGAAAAAUUAAAAAUUUGUUCUGUUUAAAAAGCGCUAGAAGAUUUAUCUUUUUAUAAGAAGUUGAAUAUUGAAUAUUUGAAUAUUUAUUUCACUCUAAUACGUAAAAUAACAUGGUUAGUAGAAAAAUUAGUCAAUUUUCCCACAAUUUAAGGAAAAACGGUUCUGAUUCAAGAAAACUGAAAAUAUUUUUGUUAGAAGGUUGCUAAAAGAUGAACCUAGUGUUUAACUAGUUUUUCUCAAAGUUGGUCCAUUUUUGAUCAAACUCAGGGCAAAGUCGGAAUGAUGGAUAAUGGCCGCUAAAAGGGAGAGGCUCAAAAAAGGCCGCAGAAAGGCAACAGAAAAGGCAGCAAAGAGAGUCCCUUUAUCGAGCCUUCAAUUUUUCUAAGGUUUCAAAAGUUCCAGAAAUGGUGGAGAAAAGGAAAGGCAGAAAAAAUGGUGCAUAAGGGCUGAGAAAAUGGAGCAAAAAGGCAGCAAAAAGAAAGCCUUCAUCACCCUAAAAGGAACAUUUCUAUGGAGCCUUAGAGGGUCCUUUCCGACUUUGCCUAUGAGUUUGCAAAGUUCAGAACAAUUUCGAUUGGUUCAUGAAAGUCGACGACGACACCUACAUUAUAAUGGAACAUUUGAAGGAACUUCUUGCAGUCCGUUUUUUUCCCAUUCAAAAAUAUAAAUAAAGUGAUGAUUUUCAAGAAAUAUUCUCCCGAUGAUCCCGUCGCAUUGGGUCAUAAAAUGCGUUUGGGAAGUCAUAUCAAAGGAUUGGAAUAUCAUUCCGGCGGAGCCGGCUAUGUCUUCACAAGGGAAAGUUUGAGAAGGUUGGCUUUUAAAAAGCAGAAAAAACAACUAAUUUUAUUUCUCGCUUCAGUUGCUGAUCGAAUAUAUAUAUAAAAAUAUUCAGAUUGAAAGUGGAAACAGUAAAGUAAAAUAACAACAAAAGCUUGUAAUAUUUUUUUGUCUUGCUCAAUACGAAUCUUUCAAAAAUCGAACUCACUAAAGACAGUUUUCAACGAAGAUUCUGAAACCGUGGUAGGAAAGUUUGAAAAAUGAUCAUUGAUGAAAGUUAUCGGCGCAAAAAGGACAGAAAAAUGGCCUAAUUACAGGAUUGUUCGCUGAAUUUUAUCAAAAAAAGUUAAAAAAAUUUAGACAAAAUUAUUUUUCAAAUCGUUUUUUUGGAGACCAGCUUUAUUUUUUUAUAAAUGGGAAAAGCUUGAUCAGCUUUUUUUUUCAAAUUUGAGCGCCUCUAACUUUUUUUCCGAAGGUUUUUUUCGGCCGGUUUUGAAACUUCAAAAUCAAAACGAGCCGUUGAAUCUGAGGGUUUUUGUAUUUUUACAGAAAUCUUAAUGCAACUUUAAAAAAAUAUUUGAGAGGAAAUAAAACCGGAUAUAUCUUUAAAAAAACCAUCCCGAAAAAUCUUUUUUUCGUCAAUUUUUCAACUUAUCUUCAAAAUCAAAAAGAGAAGUUGAAUCUAGCGAAUUGAGUAUUUAAGAAAUAUCACUAAAAUUUGAGACCAAACCCUAGAGAAAAAAAUCUUUUUAACUGGAAAAAAAUCCUAUGAUCAUGGAAAAAAAUUUGAAGAUUCGUCAAAACGGUGCAAAUGUUAGAAGAAAAUCGAGACAAACACGUGGAUUUGGGCCUCGAGGACGUUCAUACGGCCUACGUUUGGAAAAAGGCCAACGUCACUAUCGUGGAAACUUCGGAUGAAAAUCUUGCGUUGAGGUAUGAUUUCUAGUUAAUUAAAUAUACAGUAACAUAACUAUAAAAAUCAUUAAAAUUCAAAAACAAAGAAGAUUCUAUUAAAAUUCAUCAAAUUCAACUAAAAAAGUAGGAAUUUCCCCCCGGAACUCCUAAAAUUUUCAUGGCCGGCCUGAACCAUCGAAAAAAGGGUCCUAACACGAUACAGAAUAAAUACUGAAGAACGCCAGAGUGGUCUCUAGAGGGGUGACCUUAAAAACCCUUGAAAGUUCCCCUUUAGAGAUCACCUUACCUCCAUUUUUAGCCGCAUUAAAGCUUGCAAAAGUGGUCACUCUAGGAGUUUCAGUUAGUCACCACUCUAGGGUAGUAUUCGCCUUAAUUUUCGAACCUACAAACGAACAGAAAAAUGAAAAUGAUUAUAGAUUGAAAAAGUGAAGAAAACAAAAAAUUAUUUCAAUAGUAAGAGCUAAAACUGUUUCAGAUUCGCUCCAAUACAUAUUGCCCACAUUUUGACCCCAGAACUUCGUCCCAAAUGGCUCAAAUCAAUGGAAAAACCUCUUCCAGUAAGUUUCAAAAUUUUAAUUUAGCGACAUACUCAUGAAAAUGCAAAAAAAACCCAAACCUCAUUUUCCGAGCCUUUCAGUUGACUUAAAUUAUCCAAUUCGAUCCAUUUUUUCCUUGAAAUCCAAUAAUUCGACCUGAAAUCUUUCGUAGCUCUUUAAAUGAACACUUCUAUCCAAAAAUGUUUUUAAAAAAUUUUCAGGAGAAAAACGCCUUAUCGAACAAAUUGGUUUCAAUGCACUACGCCAAGCCUGCGGAUAUUCGAGAAUUUGAAUUUUUUUCGAUAUCAUUUCAAAGUUAUCUUGUUAAAAUCCUAAUGGUUAUACUUUUAAACUCAAUAAAAAAAUAAAAUAAAAAAACCAAAAGUUUUUUCUGAAAAUUUCGUCAAGUUCGACGCAUUGGUGCAUACACCACGACAGGCUGAUACAUGA